ACGGGCUAAUGAAGGUACUUGCCGCACAAGCAGCAGUCACGGCGCAAGCAGUCGCCGCCCAGCAGAACCGGCCAGUGAGCACGGGAGCGCCAUCCUCAAUCCAGAAUACGCCACGAGACCUGAACUGCAGCUAUUGCGGCUGGAAAGUGCAAACGGAACGUCGAGGGCCAGGUGGUCCUGCCCAGCGGCUCGUACGUUCCCCGGCGUGUCAUGGGCACCAAUCUGCG